UCAAACGACUAAAGGCGACGGUACAAUUUCGAAGAGGGUUGCUGUAGAGCGCAGAUGUGAUGGUGUGGUGCACGCCUCAAGUGAAGAGAAACGGCGAUUCCUUGCAAAGGAAAAGGACCUAUAACCUUGAUACUGGAUUCGUGUCAUUGCCCGGAUCGUUGCCCCGUAGUCCAUACCUACUGUAUUUAGAGGAACAGGUAGAUCCUUAUCCAGUCCCCCGGGACCCUCUGACCGGGACCUGCAGCUCAAGCACCUCAAAAUUCGAGUUUCAUAAUUCCCGCUCAACCAGUAUUAUAAUAUUAUUCAAGACGGGCGUGGAAGUCGUGGCUCCUAUAGCUCCUGUGGUCAAGAGUUUGGUGUUCGCGGAGUUCGACGUAGGCGACGUAGCAUCGCAUUUAUACUACUUUCUGCGCUUACGAUGAUAACCCUUGUUCUCAUCGGCUUAUCUGUCAUACUUUUCGUGUAUGCUUUCCGUAAAAAUAACAAAACGUACCGACUUCCACCUGGACCAAUUGGUAUCCCGCUGUUGGGUUAUUUACCAUGGAUUGAUCCAAUACGCCCGCAUGUGUCGCUGACUGAACUAGCAAGGAAGUAUGGUCCGAUUUGUGGGCUACGAAUGGGCUCUGUAUAUACAAUAUUGUUAUCGGAUCCACAGCUGGUAAGGCAGACCUUUGCCAAGGAUGAAUUUGCCGGCCGGGCUCCAUUGUACUUGACGCACGGAAUAAUGCAGGGAUACGGCCUCAUUGGCGCAGAGGGUGACCUCUGGAAAGAUCAAAGAAGAUUUGUAGCGAGAUGCCUCAAGAAUUUCGGCAUGACCAAGUUACCUGGUGCCAGGAGGGACAAAAUGGAGGAAAGGAUUCUCGUGGCCGUGAACGAGUGCACGUCGAAAUUAAAGAAACAUACUAUGGAAGAAGGUAUUGAUCCGAUUGACAUAGUUCAUCAUUUCAUUGGUAAUAUUAUGAACGACCUCGUCUUUGGUAAAGUUUACAAGGAGGACGACGAGGUGUGGAAAUGGCUGAGACACUUGCAAGAGGAAGGAGUCAAGCACAUCGGUGUAGCAGGGCCACUCAAUUUUUUGCCAUUUCUCAGAUUUUUGCCACAAUAUGGCAAAGUAAUGAAGUCACUUAUUGAUGGCAAGGUAAAAACGCAUCAAUUAUAUCAAACAAUUAUCGAUGAGCAUCGUGCUCGACGCGAGAAAACGGAUAAUUUUCUAGCGGCUUUCGAUGAGGCAAUGAGUACCAAUGUGAAUAGUGGAUUCUUUACUCAACCUCAAUUUUACCAUCUAUUAGCCGACCUUUUUGGUGCAGGAACCGACACUACUCUCACAACUUUUCGUUGGUUCCUGCUCUUCAUGGCGGCAUAUCCGGAUGAGCAAAAAAUAAUUCAGAAUGAAAUGAACGAGUUACUGGGACAAAAGCUGUCCACUUUGGAAGACAGGCCACGUUUAAUUCGAUUGGAGGCAGCCAUUGUAGAGACACAAAGAUUGCGGAGCAUAGUACCGGUUGGCAUCCCUCAUGGAACAAUAGAGGAUACACAAAUAGGUGAUUACAAUAUACCGAAAGGCACCAUGGUUAUUCCGCUACAAUGGGCUAUUCAUACUGAUCCCUCAUAUUGGAACGAUCCGCACUUAUUUAAACCUGAGAGAUUUAUUGCUGAAGAUGGAAGCCUCGUUAAACCGAAAGCCUUUUUACCGUAUCAGGCAGGAAAACGUAUAUGCGUCGGCGAUGAACUAGCCAGGAUGAUAUUAUUUCUAUUCGCCGCAAGAUUUCUUCAAACAUUUGUUAUCUCCAUACCACCCGGAAUGCUUAUCGAUCUGGAGGGAGAGUGCGGAAUUACUCUGAUUCCGAAACCGCAUCGCUUGAUCUUUACCCCGCGGGAAUAAGCUUGUAUACAUCUGCAACUUUUUUACAUAUAUGUGUGCUAUCACGUUACAUAGGAUAAAAUACAUUUCAAUUUUAUGAAAAUAUUAUAACAUACGAUAUGCUUUAUUUUUUUUUUGUAAUUAGGUAAUAUGCAUGCGUUUUUAUUAAAUUACAUAAAAUAAUUGAUAAAAAUCCUUAUCCUUUAUUAGCUCCUCUGUUCCAAAUUUCAAUUAUACAUUUUAACUCUGAGGUGGAACGCGCUGAUGAGCUUGCUGAUAUAUAUACAUAUAUAUAUACACAUAAAUUUUAGCAAAAAUAUAUUUUAUAUAUAAUAUAUUUUAUUUGAUAAGGAUUGUGAAACAGUGAAAAUUGUAAUUGUAACAGAAUUUCUGAUAAUACAAUUACAAUAAAGUAAUAAUGACGCAUAUUAUUUACAAAUUUAUUUAAUACUUCUGAAAAUAAAAUAAGAAUAUAAAAAGUACAUAUAUUCCAACUACCAUUUUUAGUUAUCUUCAGUAAAGGAGAAUAACAUUUAAGAAUAUCAUUAAGAAUCUUUCUCAACCCAUCUGCAAUUAAUCACAAUUAAAAUUUUGUACCAUAGAUAUAUGUAUAUAUAUUUUUAUUUUUUUUAUUUGUUACUAGAAAAAAUAAUUUGAUUGUUUUUAUCCAAAUUUUUCUUAGUACAGUUAAAAUUACAUCAUGUCUCUUCUUCAAAACAGAAAAAAUUCUAAAUAUAAGUAAUAAUUUAGAUGUUACAGAGAUUUCAGAAGCAAAAUUGUCACUUUCAUCUCUAGUCAUCCCCUAAGACACGUUUCUGAUUUGCAGCAGAUCGUAACGGCUUUCUCGUAAAUUCUUAUACUUUAUAGUUUAGCGAUAACAAGUGGUUCUCGAUCGCCAUAUUGUCAAAAUUGUUGUUUGUGUGGGUCAGCCAGAAACACGUAAUGUUUUCCUGCUGUUGUGAGACUCACUGCAACUGCAUCGUCGACAACAGUCCUUGUGUUCGUAUCCAUCUGCGUCUCGUCGACGCGCGCUUUGACAGAUGCGGUGCAGAGCAGCAAUAGGUUCAUUAUUGUAAUUCGCAUGUGGUGGUUGAUGGUCCUCGACUUUCUCUCCAUAGCUAACUGCGGAGAGACAACACAGUACAUUUUUAUUGAAGUAUUAUGAAAAAUCCUCUUUUUUUGUUUUUUCUGACAUUAUUUUUCUUAAAAUUGUGAAAUGGUAACCAAAUUUGGACAGUUUGUGUUUAGUUGUCAAAAAUAUUGGAAAUGAUUAUUAGCAUGCUAUAAAAAAGAAGCCAAAUUUUAUCGAACAUUUUCAUUAUAACUGUGAUAUAACAAUGUGAUUUUAAAAUAGGUGUCCAUGCAAUUUGAGAUCUUUUCCUACAUACUCGUUAAAUAAAUUAAUUACUCUUUUAUUAACUUUUAUUGUAAAAAUCGCAAAAUAAUACUUUUCUAUUCAGUUUAAUCCGCUCUAUCUGCCUACAAGCGUUGUAUCAAUAAUUAUUAGAUAUCCUAUGCAAAAUAAAAUUUAGCGGUUAUUGUUGGCAGGCACGCAGGAAAAUGUUUGGAGAUAUAUUUGUGAACAAGUAUUAUAAUCACGUGCCAUUCUUUGAUCUUCAUUAAUUUCUCUGUUUUUCUCCUUUCUUCUUAAGGAUUUUUAUCCGCAUUCCGAAGCGUUGUAAUCAUUUUUUUAUGUUAAUGACUUGCAAUUUAUUUUUUUCUCUUUUUACCUUGAAAUUGUUUUGAUGUAAGUCAGAGAAGUUGUUAUACCUAUUGAAAUUGUAUAUAGUAAAAGCACAAAAACAGGCUAAAAGAUCAUUGUACUUGAAAAGAGGCCUGAAGAAAGGAAUACCGAAGUCAAACUAUUUGUGUUGUGGUCAUUUUAUAAGCACGGUUGCUACCUUUCUAGUUUUCAUUGAGUAUCUUUGGACCAAGCAGAAAAAGAAAAAUUUCCGGGCUGUGAAAGAAAAAAAA